GUCACACCGUCUCGCAUUCCCGUCUGUCGCUCCAGGGACUCACAUCUCUCCAUAUGGAUUUCUGUAACUUUAGGCUGCCUUUGCUCAUUUUGGCCGCUCUUGGAUGCUGUUCCGAGGGCAGCCCGCUUCUCAAAGCCAAAACGAACGGCGUUAUCGGUAAAAAUGUGACCUUCAAGACAACAAUCACCUCAACACAGGAUUUUCUAACCGUAACAUGGAAUUUCAACAAAGAUCCAGUAAUUGCACCGAUAAUUACAAGUGUCCUAGUAACGAACACCGAUAACAUUGAUGAGAAAUACACCAGCAGAAUCAUCUACAAUAACGCGACGUGUGAGCUUCAGCUCGGUCCGCUGGUGAAGGAGGAUGAAGGGGAAUAUAUUCUCAAUAUAGUCACUACCAAAGGACAGCAACUGUCCGGACAGAUUGAUCUUGAGGUUCUUGAACCUGUAACUGACGUCAAGAUUUCGUCCAAUCUACCUGAAGCUGUAGAGUUCAACAGCACUGUGGUUCUUUCCUGCUCUGCCAAAGGCUCCUUUACUUACGAGUGGCUGAACGGUUCAGUCCCUUUGGUGGUGGAUGGCACACAUAUGAAACUAAAUGCAGUCGGCGAUGAGCUAACUAUCGCUGAAGUUCGCCGUACAGAUCUGCGAGGACCCAUCGUCUGCAUUGCAGAAAAUGCACUGGAGUCAGGGAGGAGCGCUCCCUUCAAUCUCACUGUGUGCUAUGGCCCUGAGAAAGUCAUCAUGACACAAACUCCAACAGAUUCAUUCCUCAAGAAUGGUUCUAACUUAACCCUUGCAUGCUCAGCCCAGUCUGACCCUCCCGCUCAGCUCCAGUGGAUGUUUAAUGGGGAGGAGAUGCCUCAGAAGACCACGGCCAACAUUACCCUCACCAAUGUAGAGGGAAAACACAGUGGGAACUAUAGCUGUGUGGCCUACAAUGCAAAGACCAACCGCUACGUUUCCUCGCAGGUUGCUGUGGUGUCUGUUCUGGAGGCCUUAUCUGGAACAAAUAUCUCCAGCUCCUCAUCACUUCUCAUCGCUGGCAACAGCACGGUCAACAUCACCUGCUCGGCAGCUGGUGGUAAAGCCGAAAGCGUGGGAUGGCUAAAGGAGAGCAAACCUGUGACUUCUAGUGACCGUAUAAUUCUCUCAGCUGACAAGAAAACUCUGACCAUCGUUAAAGUUGUUAAAGAGGAUGCUGGCAACUACAAGUGCCAGCUGAAGAACAAAGUCAACAAAGAUGAAAGCACCUAUGUGAUGGUGAUCAACUAUGGUCCAGAAAGUGUGAAUGUUAAAGGGAAGAAUGCGGUGAAGUUUGAAGAACCUGCAGAAUUAAAAUGCCUUGCAGACUCUUUUCCUCCCAGUAUAUUCUCAUGGAAGCUCAAUGGUACAGCAAUGAACCACAGCCGGGCAGACAUUAUUAUUGACAAGGCCAAAGUCACGGACAGUGGCACGUACACCUGCGAGGCAUUCAACCCUAUCACAAGAAUGAUGAAAACAACGACACACAAACUCGCAGUCACAGAGGUCGGUGCGGUAGACGAGGGCCUGUCUGGUGGAGCCAUUGCUGGGAUUGUAAUUGGCGUGCUUGUGGCCGUGAUCAUCAUCGCUUGUAUUAUAAAGCGCAAGAAAAAGUCAAGCACGGACAUUCCAUCUCCAUAUUAAAGCGAGAUGUGGCGGAGAAGUGACCCGAGCAUAUCUUCAAGACCAACCCUUCAGCCAUUUAUCAGUCUUUUUAUCUGCAAAAGCCUUCUAUCAAGGCAACUGGAAAAACUGCCCUCACAAGUGACUUAAUACUGAAGGUUUGGCCCUUUCAGGAACUCAACGUGUUUGUAAAUGUCCAUUGUUUUUCUGUUAUACCCUGUGCAAACGUACCCCAAUCUUAAGGACACGAUAGAGGUCGACGGCGAGACAGUUGACCCUUAUCUGCAUCUCUUCCUUCGCUUGGCUGAAGUGGACACCUUCCUUUGUUCCUCAAGAAACAUGAUCCAGCCUCCAUCACCCUCUCAAUCUUUCUCCUGAUCCUAAACCGACAGCUCGGCUUGACGUCACAGAGGUCCGUUUGAAAGAGCUCUGUUUUGGGUAACCAAAUCCACCCUGAAAUGCACGAGGGGUGACGAGACCGUCGCGUGUUUGAGAUCUCAACACACCCACAAGGCACUGAAACAUCGAGAUUUGAAGACCUGUUCAACAUGCUCGGAAGUCCCAAGGCAAUGAAGAUAUGCAGGGCUGACUUGACCUGAAGCCGAAGGCUCUGUUGAGCUGUCAAUGGAAGGUCAGUCGUGGCAAAGCGUGCCUUGGAGAUUAAAAGCUUCUUACACCUUUGCCAGGUUUUGCUACACUUUUUUUAACCCCUUAUCUCUUCCCAUGUCUCUUAGUGAGCCGCACACAUUGUAUUUUAAGAGUAAGGCAAGAUCCAACAUGCUUGAACUCAGGAAGCGGG